UCGGGAUUCCGUGGCAGUCGGACGCGUUUCGAAACCUUCGACCUCGUCUCUUUCUACUUGUAUAUCUCCUCCAUCCCUUUUCUGUCCUGUAGAAAUACAUAUAUAGAGGGGAGAGACGGUUGUAAUUCCUCGUACGUCUCAGCGAACCCAAUUCGAAGGGUUGAGAAAGGGAGAAGUAGGUGGGUUCGUCGAGAGAAUCAUCGUAUUCUCUCGUGUAUCUAUCGUGCGAUUCGCGUAAGCUCCGUCGCGAGGAGUCUCCGUGUCACGCAGCGGGGUCGAUCGAAUCGACGAAUGAGAGAGAAGGAGGCUGUAAAAACGCGAGGUGGAGCGAAAAGGAUCGGGCGAGACGGUCGCCAUUGCUGUGAGAAGCAGUGCCACCUGGUCCCGCGAAGUAGCGGUAAGGGGGGUGCGUAUUGACGCGACUGCGCGAUUUAGUCGACGCGGUAGAAAAGGGUUGUGAUUUGAGCAGCGGUGGGGAAUCGCCGUUGGUGGAACAGAGAUAAAACGAGGAGAAGGAGGGGGACGGGCUGAAAAGUUCGGGCCAGGCUUGGUUCGAUCGCUCAAUAUUCAUCCCUUGGCCGGACGAGAGCGCCCGAGAACAGCGGCUCCAGACGAGGGCACGAAUCGACCCUUCCUUCCUUUGCGUCCUCGCCCGCGGAGCUGCUCGAUCGCGGCACCGUUCCGUUCCAUUCCGUCAGAAGAAGAACAAGAUCACCGACAGAAAGCAGUUCAGAAGCCUGACAAAGGAAUAUUCGUACGUCGUCGUUCGUGGUGAUACGCGCAACCGUUUCGUCUCUCCAUCUUUAACCGUUUAAACGAGCGAAAUGGAGGGCAAGAAAGAACAGUAUUACUCACCUCCGCCGAAGCUUGGCAAAUGGGAAGGUUUUAGGGUUUUUCUAUGGAACUCCGAGACUGGACAGUUCCUGGGGCGCACAGGCGCUAGUUGGGGCAAGAUUUUGUUAUUCUACGUUAUUUUUUACGCGGUACUGGCUGGUUUCUUCGGGGCAAUGUUGACCGUUUUUUACCAGACGUUAGACCCGAACGCACCGAAAUGGCAAUUGGAUAAAUCCUUGAUCGGCAGCAAUCCUGGACUUGGUUUUAGGCCUAUGCCACCAGCAAGCAACGUUGAAAGUACCUUGAUUUGGUACAAAGCUAGCGACGAGGGUAACUUCUUGCAUUGGACCAGAGAACUGGACGCGUUCCUCGAAGAAUAUCAGAAGCCUGCUGGCGGGACAAAUGGUGCCCAGCAGAGGAUGCUCUGCGACUAUGGAAAACCACCGACUCCUGGCAAAGUCUGUGACGUGGAUAUGUCGACGUGGGGACAGUGCACAAAGGAAAAUAAAUAUGGUUACAAUAAAUCUGCACCAUGCAUUUUCCUCAAGCUGAACAAGAUUUUCGGCUGGAAACCCAUAUAUUACAACGAUACAUCGAAUCUGCCAAGUGCUAUGCCAUCCGAUCUUCAAGAACACAUCAAGCAAGAGGCACUCGCCAAUAGGUUGGACACCGUCUGGGUAUCCUGUGCCGGUGAAAAUCCAGCUGAUAUCGAGAAUAUGGGUGCCAUUCAAUACAUUCCACGUCGGGGCUUUCCUGGAUACUUCUUCCCAUUCACAAAUACCCCUGGCUACCUUAGCCCGCUCGUAGCUGUCUUCUUCGAGAGGCCUAAAUACGGUGUACUGAUCAACAUCGAGUGCAAGGCCUGGGCACACAACAUCAUCCACGACAGAUUCGAGAGGCGUGGUUCAGUGCAUUUCGAGUUAAUGGUGGAUUAAGCAUAGCGCUUGCCGCCUUUUGCAAGACCACUAUCAACUGCGUCCAAGAACAAUGUAGGAGGAAGGGGAAUAAGAGAAAUUUCUUUUUUAAUCAAUCUCGCUGGCGGAUUGUGACCACUCCUUCUUUCCUUCGGUUUUUCUCUGCCGACGAUACCGCCCUGACCGCCUAUAUAUUUCUCAUCGUUAUUUUAACGUAGAUCCGUCAGAAGCUCAUGCUCAUCCUCAUCUUCAUCGCGCUUUACAUUGUCGCGCUUCUUGACACCAUCGUGGACGAUCGUAGUCCUUCGACGCAUUGAUAAUUGUCACACAUUACACAUACACAAACGGAAACGAACACACACAUGUACACAUACAACAUACAUAUGAAUAUGAAACAGUUUCAAACAUAAUCGUCGCUUCCACGGACAAAAUGAUUGUACCGACGAACGGACCAGUAAAAAAAAUUGGCUAUACAAAAGAGCUACGUAUAUGUAUAAAAUACGUGCGCGUGUUCGCGCGUGUACGUAUCAGGAUGCACAAAAGUAAACAGUUUAGCGGAAAGUAAAUUCUGCACAAAAAUGUGGCGGCGGUAUCUCUUCUUUCUUAUCGGGGGUGAAGGGGAGUGGUCGUAACCAUGAUCUAAGUAUCGUUCGGAGUAUCCGUUUGACGCGCGUAAGACUUUAUCAUUUCAAUUACUGCCCCGUUCUAAUUUCACGGGUUAACCUUAUUAUUUCCGUUUCCGUUAACUCGGUCUCGUUCCAGGCUCUCGUGCGCAUAUUUCAUUUCCAUUUAUUUCAUAACCGAGACUGGUUGAUGUCCGCCUAGGCGACGAGACCGCUAACGUGUAGGGUACACCGAUGAUGAAUAAUUGAUACUCUGUUAGUUCGUGCCACGUACGUAGACGUAACUAAAGGAAUAAAUAAGAAAAUUAUGAAAAAAAAAAAUGUAAAAAAUGGUUAGUAUCUUUUA